CUAGUGAACCUGUUGGUACGUGUUUUUAUUUUGUAUCAGUAGGCUUUGAAGUGCCAUAUCCGGCAUAACUAAUGGGUAUUUAAAAAAAGAAAGAGUUGAAGCGGUACUGGCUAUAGUUGUUUAUUAUAUUGGAUUCAAAUAUGAAUUUAUAUUCAAAAUCACUAUUGGACUUAUUUGAAUUCAGUCAUUUAUAUCCACUGUUUAAUUUUAGAAGAGUUAAUUUAAUAAAUCCAGAUAUUUAAAAAAAAAAAUUGAAUACGGAGGAUAUAUUUAGUGAAUUUGACAAACAAAAUCGAUUCAUUGCCUAAUUCGGAAGAGAGGUCAACAAUUUGAUAUCACAAAAAAGAAAAAGAAAAUGUCAUUUCAAGGAGGUUUAUUAGCUUCGAUUCCUUAAAAACACACCACAUCAUGUAUACUCUCAUCCAUACGCCAUUGGAUUGAAUAUUCAUUCAUUCCCUCUAAAGGGAGAAGUGACGUUUAUGAAAACGUGAUUCCAAAUUGGAAAUUUCAAUUACGUUGGUGAUUGAUGUUUCAUCUCAAUUGACAUCUCUGUUAUUCAUGUUCUUCAUCUCCAUGCAAAUUCUAUGACCUACCCACCAUUUCCGCAAAUGCAAAUGGAAUCCCAUCGGUGAUUCCUAGACCCAAACCUCCCAUUCCAACCUUUUUAUGUCAUUCUAAUAUUUCAUCUACCUUUCAUAUAUGCCUACUCUUUGUUUCCUCUUGGGAAGACCAGCUGAGAUGGAUGAUGAUAAAUUUAAGAGAAGGAUGAAGAAGAUGAAACGCAGGUAUUCCAACCCUACGCCUGCAGUGUUGCGUAUAACAGGCUCUGUUGUUACCAUGGUGUUGCUCUUAUUAACCAUCUGCUGCGGUUUCCAAUUGACCAUUGAACCUGGGCGAUACCGCGCCAUCGGUGCUCGGGCUUUCCAUGUUGGCAUCUCCACCAUAAUCUUCGGCUUUCUAUUCCUGAUCGUUGGCCUUUCCAUUCUGGCUGACAUGCUUUUGAAUAUAUCAGAACAGUUGCCGGAGCUAUCUGGCGUCCAUCAAGGACAACAGGAGACAAGGACGAUGUCGAAAGCAAUAAGGCAAGGCCUGGUAACUGUAAUCACCAUGUUCGUGAUAUUGUGGGCAAUGUACACCGGAUUUAGGCUUACAACCGAAUCAGGAGAGAGCAAACAAUACCUCCUUACGGUUUCCAUCGGAGUCACCACCAUUUUAUUUGGCUUAAUUUAUUUCAUUAUCGGACUCGCUGUUGUUCAGGAGCUUGUAUUAGAAUUUUUUUCCUGUUCUCAAUAGAAAAAUGACAGAAACAAUGCAACAUUUCAUCACGGUUGUGAAUUGUAAUGCUUUUCCCAUGAAAAUUCUUUAGCUUUCCAGCAA